GACUUCUGACAAGCGCCAACUAACCCCAACGACAACACAGAUUGCACCAGGAGACCCGACAUCAGCGUCUUCUGAACAACCGCAAUCAUGGGUAUCUCACGAGACUCUCGCCACAAGCGUUCCGCGUCCGGUGCGAAGCGCGCAUACUACCGCAAGAAGAGGGCUUUCGAGAAGGGCCGCCAGCCUGCCAAUACCCGUAUUGGCACAAAGCGUGUCCAUCUUGUCCGCACCCGUGGCGGCAACCGCAAGUUCCGUGCUCUUCGUCUCGAAGCCGGCAACUUCUCCUGGGGCUCCGAGGGCAUCGCCAAGAAGACCCGUGUCAUCGGUGUCGUCUACCACCCCUCCAACAACGAGCUCGUCCGUACCAACACCCUGACCCGCUCCGCUAUCGUCCAGAUCGAUGCCGCUCCCUUCCGACAAUGGUACGAGGCCCACUACGGCUCUUCGCUCGGCCGCAGGAGGCAGGCCAAGGCCGGUGAGAAGGAGGAGGACAAGAAGAAGUCCAACUCGGUCUCCAAGAAGCAGGCCGACCGCUUGAAGAACGGAGGAAAGAUCGAGAACGCUGUUGAGAAGCAGUUCGAGGCCGGUCGUCUGUACGCCGCUGUCUCUUCCCGUCCCGGCCAGAGCGGUCGCUGCGACGGCUACGUCCUCGAGGGCGAGGAGCUUGCUUUCUACCAGCGUCUGCUCAGGAAGUAAGGGUGAUAUUUGGGGCUUCUUCGGUGCAUUGGUCAGGUCAAAAUGGGUGUUUAGUCAUGUAUCUGGUCUGCAUAGUCGCGGGACACUGAAUGCACUCGGCAUGAUAACGCCACUUCUCUAGAUACCACGAGACUACGAAUCAUGGGUUUCAAAUGUUCAUGUGAACGUUCUUUUCUUUCCAGUCCUUGUCCGCAGAUUGUCUUCCCAUUGCACCUCAUCAACGUUCCAACAUGACUAGGACCUUUCUUGACCACAGGCUAGCCAUGUGUCGUCGACUCAUUCAAGGCACAUUGUCGUCACAAUGGUAGGAUGCAAAUGACAAAUACCCCCACUAAUGAUAUGGCUGGGAACGAUUGUUCGUUUGUUCAUCAUAUACUAUUCGAGCCAUGG